AAGCUUCAUUUUACAAAUCACACAACAUCAAGAUCAAUUACGCAAUCCCCUGAAGAUGAACAUGAGCAGCAGGUUUGAGCAACAAGUCAUUUGUUUUCCGGCGGGAAAGACUACUCCGAUGGGUUACUUACCUGAUCCGGCUUCGAUUAACAAGUUCUUGGUUUCGACUUCUUCCAAGAAAUCUGAACAAAGCAACGGAAUAAAAUCGAUUUUUAAAAGGAAGAAAACUAAUGGUUUCACCAGUGGAGCUAGAGACCAGACCAAGGUAAGACCAAAGCUAACCGAAACAGUGAAGAGAAAGCUAUCUUUAGGCGCUAGGAUUCUUCAGGUCGGAGGUUUAGAGAAGAUCUAUAAGCGGCUCUUCAGAGUCAGUGAAGAUGAGAAACUACUCAAAACUUACCACUGUUACUUGUCCACUACGGCGGGUCCCAUCGCAGGGCUUCUCUUCGUUUCUUCCAAGAAAAUGGCCUUCUGCAGCGAGAGAUCCAUAAAGGUGGCUUCCCCUCAAGGAGACAUGAUCAGAGUUCACUACAAAGUGUCAAUUCCUUUGUGCAAGAUCGAGAGAGUGAACCCAAGCCAGAACACCAAGAAACCGUCACAGAAGUACGUGGAAGUAGUCACGGUUGAUGGUUUCGACUUCUGGUUCAUGGGUUUCUUAAGCUACCAGAAAGCUUUCAAUUGCCUUGAGAAGGCUCUUUCUCUGAGCUUUGAACACAGUGAAGAGCAAUAAAGCCACGCUUUCUGAGUAGCUUUGGAGUUUAGAAGAUAGACAAUACUGUACAUACGUACUUCUUUGUUUCUUUUACAUUGUAGACAAGAUCAGAUCAAUAUGUUAAGCGAAUCAUA